AUGGCGCCGUAUUUUGGCCUUCGUGGGCCGUCGCUGAAUAGGGCUAUCAUGUGGUUGGUUGUCUGUCCAGCCUUUGUGACUUAUGGAUACAAUCAAGGCGUUAUGGGGGGUCUGUUGACCCUCGAAUCCUUCGUGGAGACCUUCCCACAAAUGAACACUCUCACUGCAACCGAGGCAGAGAAGACGUACAACUCGACUAUUCAAGGCACGGUAGUCGCACUGUACACCGUCGGUGGAAUAUUUGGCUCGCUAUCAUGCAUUCAAUUUGGUGACAGGCUCGGCCGCCGGAAGGUCAUCCUGUUCACAUCCUUCAUCUCGAUGAUUGGCGCUAUCUUGAUGGCAACAUCCUUCUCCCUUCCACAAUUCAUCGUCGCACGACUUAUCCUCGGAUAUGGUACCGGCGGGUACGUCGCUACAGUACCCGUCUGGCAGGCCGAGAUUUCCAAGCCCGACAAACGUGGCGCGCAUGUAGUAACCGACGGUAUCUUCAUCGGCGCUGGUAUCGCCUUCUCUCUUUGGGUGGACUUUGGGUUCUUCUUCGUUAAGACGAACUCGGUUUCCUGGCGUUUCCCUUUGGUCUUCCAGGUUGUCCUUUCGCUUAUGGUCAUGGCCUUUGUGAUGCUCUUCCCCGAAUCGCCCCGGUGGCUGGUAAAAAGAGGUCGCACCGAAGAGGCGCGGGAGAUUAUGGCAGUGCUAGAUGACGUUGAUCCUCAGUCGGAACAAAUCACCCUCGAGAUCCGUGAUAUCGAGACCUCACUGGCACUUUCCGGAACGGGCUCGUGGAAAGAUAUGCUCACGAUGGGCGAGCAGCGACUGUUCCACCGCACUGUUCUCGCCUGUAUGGGUCAGAUGUUCCAGCAAAUGUGUGGAAUCAAUCUAAUCACCAUCUAUGCGACGACCAUCUUCGAACAAUAUCUGAAGCUCGAUCCCAUCCAGUCUCGUAUCCUCGCUGCUGCUAUGUGCCUAUCACAGCCGCUGGGCGGCCUACUGGCCUACUUCACAAUCGACCGUCUCGGUCGUCGCGUGCUUAUGCUGUGGAGUGCUGCCGGGAUGGCAGUCUCGAUGGCUAUUCUAGCUGGCACCACUUCCGUCCACGAUAAUACAGGCAGCUUGGUCUGCGCUGUGGUGUUCCUUUUCGUCUUUGUGUUCAUCUUCACAGUCGGUUACUCCGGCUUGACAUUCCUAUACGCCACCGAGGUAGCUCCUCUCCAGUGCCGAGCAUCUAUCAACGCCGUCUCCGCUGCAGCUGUCUGGACGUUCAACUUCCUCCUCGCUGAGGUGACGCCCAUUGGCUUCGCUACCAUCGACUGGCAAUAUUAUAUUAUCUUCGCCGUGCUGAACGCCGCUAUCGUGCCGACUGUCUACUUCCUCUUCCCGGAGACUAAUGGACGCACCCUCGAGGAGAUCGAUGAGAUCUUCUUGCAGUCGCGCAGUAUCUUCGAUCCGCCUCGCAUUGCCCGCUCGCUUCCCCGCAUGCACGUUGCCGAGGCGCACGGCAUCGAUGCCAAGGAGGUUGGAAGUGGUGAUGAUGCCAUGGCUGAAAAGCCCAAGGUGUAA